CUAGGUUCAAUCUCCAGUGAAAAAAAUUAAAAACAAAUACAAAGGAGGGCCAUCAGCGAUUAAAGAGAUCAGCUGAUGUCAAACAGGGCAAAUGUGUUACUUGCUUGUUGAUCUGCACAUGAUAUGUGGUCCAUCUGGGCCACACCUGCACAAAAGUAGCAACAGGAAUGAGCUGGAAGGAGCAGGAAAGGACUGAAACCCAGAUGGAAGACAUGCUCCAUCCUGGCCCUUACCCAGAAACCAGACCAGGUCGUACAGGUUAUUGGGAGAAGGGCGGGCAGUGUAACAGUCUUCUACUGGAAAAGUAAUCACAUACACACACACACACAAGCUGCUAGACCUAUAUUGAUACUCCACGUCUCCCCGUUUUUCACGUAUUUUCAUCUCCUUAAAAAAGAAUUAGACUUCCCAUUCCCAACCUUUGAAAAUGAACUAAGCAUACUAAAGGGAGGGAAGCUACUAUUGCCCCUCCACAAACAAACCAAGUAAGUUUUUGUGUGAUGCUCUAGCCCUGUGCUUGUCUCCGAAGCAUCCCGGUAAACAACCACCUUAGUUGCAAAGAAUCACGCUCCGGCCUAGAGGGCGAGGCCUCAGUCCCGCGGAACCUUAAAACUGCGGCCGAGGCGGAGUGGAGUCCGCCCGGAAAGCGGACUGGACUCUCAGUGAACGCCCGAGUUUAAGGCUUCCGCCCCGCAGAGGGCUUGCCUCCACCCCGCCUUCUACACCCGCCCAGCUUUAGUUCUGCGCAGGCUCCUGGGGCUAUUACCGUCUCUAUAGCAACCUGGUAGCUGGACACAGAAGAUGGAGACCAAGGAGUCUACACUAGGAUCGCGGUCGCGAGCUUUAGACGUACAGUCCAGCCCCGAAGGACUAACGACUACCUCGGAACCGUUUCCUUCUUCUGACAUCGGUUCAAGGUCUGCCCUAACAGCUGCAACCGCAGCAGCUGCAGCGGCUGCACCAGCUGCUGCAGCCGGUGCAGCCGCUUCCACCAACAAAGCAGCUGCGUUAUGUUCAGAGACCCUAGAGUCCCAUUCUGGGUUCAUGGAGCCCUCCUCUGACAGUCUUGGGGCAAAACGUGCUGGAUCCCACCAGACAGGCCUUGGGAGCCUUGACUUUGAGCCCACCUAUGUUUCCUGUAUUGCUCAGGAUCCCUGUACAACCGACCUUGGCUCAAGCUCUGGCCCUGUUCCUGCCUCCAGCUCUGGUCCUGGCAGUGGCUCUGUCCCUGGCUCCUGCUCUGGUCCUGGCCAUGACUCAGUCCCUGGCUCUGGUUCAGGUCCUGGCCAAGGCUCCUGUCCUGCCUCUGGAACUGGCCCACGCUCUGGCCCUGGCCCUGAGGUUAGCCCCAGCAGUACUCAAAGGUUCAGAAAUCUCAGGUCAGAUAUGCUCCCCGAUAAUACCUCCUGGAGUCCCCACUGCCACUGGGAGCCUCAGAAACAAGCAACCUGGGAAUUUCUGCAAGUCUCAGAACCUGGUGCCCGAGGGCUACGGAAACUACAAGAGGUUGAAGGAAAGCCUCAGUUUCACUAUGGACCAUUACCACGGGGCCAGUGCCUCCUCCAUAACUGGGAGGAAGAGAGAGCCACCAAUCACCUGGAUCAAGUCCCAAGCUUGAAAGAUGGCUCUGAGAGUUUCUUCUUCCGACACGGGCACCAGGGACUGCUGACCAUACUGCAGUCACCUGUGCCCUCCUCCACCACCCAGAAAGACUCAUAUCAGCCUCCAAAAAACUUCCAUCAGCCUCUUAGAGGGAAGCGUGAAGCCAUGCUGGAGAUGCUCCUGUACCACCAGAUCUGUGAAGAGGUGCAGGCAGAGCAGGAGCCCCCAAGGAAGCUCUUUGAGGUCGAGUCAGUGACACAUGAUGACUACCGAGUGGAGCUGCUGCAAGCAGGGCCUCCUGCCCCAACAAAGCCUCAUGACUACCGUCAGGAGCAACCUGAAACCUUCUGGAUACAAAGGGCACCACAGCUACCGGGUGUCAGUUACAUCAGGACACUGGACACACCAUUCCGGAAGAACUGCAGCUUCUCAACACCAGUGCCCUUGUCUCUGGGACAGCCUUUGCCGUAUGAAUCUGACAGCUACCCCCACCAAAUGGGUGAAAUGUCUUCCCUUGCCUGUCAGGGAAGGGGGCAGGGGUACUGAUGAGGAAGAAAGGCUGCUGUCUAACUGUUGAGGGGAAAAGUAGAACAUGGAAUUUGGAAGCUGUUUUUGUUUGUACUAGAGAAGUGGGUGGGGAACAAGUUAAUCUUCUCUGUACUUGAUGAAAGGACUUCACAUAAAUGGUUCUCCCUCAUCCCAA